AUGGGAUCGCUAACAAGUCGACAGAAUGCUGGCGUAGAAGAAGUUGAUAUCGUUUCGAAUCAUGCAUACAAAUAUCCUCCUCGUUCGGGAAACUACUUUGGUAGUCACUUCAUUAUGGGUGGUGAAAGAUUUGAUACAUCUCAACCAGAAGCAUAUCUUUUUGGAGAAAAUGCUGAUUUGAAUUUUCUCGGAAGUCGACCCACACCUUUUCCAUACCCUCCACCACAAGCGAAUGAUCCUACUAAAACAUUGAAAAGUUUAGUCAAUAUAAGAAGAGAAUCAUUGAGAUUGAUUCGUAAUGUUGAUCAGACCUCUGCUUCACCACAGUGUCAUAGUGUAAAAAAUUACAGCGAUGGUGAUAUUGAUAAAAAGCCAAAUCGUUACAACAUUGAAUUCACGUUUGAUUGCGAUGUAAGGUGUGCAAUUACAAUAUAUUAUUUUUGCACAGAAGAGGUCUCAACGAAGGGAGUUGCUUAUAUGCCAAGGGAUCCUUCGAUGAAUUCCGAAACAUAUUAUUAUAAGAAAGGUGCAAAUCAAUUAUUUUCACAAACUUCGCAUGUGUUCGAUCCAACAGCAUACAAUGAAGAGGAUUUGUUGUACAAUCCUGAUAGAGAAAUAAUACCAAUAGCUAUCCAUUGUGUGGCAGAAGAAGGUUCAGAUGAACCAAAACAGUCCCAUACAACAAUUGCAGUUGUUGAAAAACAUUCUGACGGAACCUAUGUAUUAAAGGCACUUAAGCAGAAGCUUUACGUUGAUGGUCUUUGUUAUUUACUUCAAGAAAUAUAUGGUAUCGAGAAUAAAAAUGCUGAAAAUGCGAAGCAACAAGGUAGUGACGAAGAUACGGACGAUAAUGGAUCAGAAUGUGUGAUUUGCAUGUGCGAUGUGCGGGACACUUUAAUUUUACCGUGUAGACAUCUGUGUUUAUGCAAUGGUUGUGCAGAUUCUCUUCGAUACCAAGCUAACAAUUGUCCAAUAUGCCGUGCUCCUUUUAGAGCUCUUCUUCAGAUCAAAGCACUUCAAAAGGCAACAGGAGCUAUCAUAUCAAAUCCUCCUCUACCAGAAGGAAGCUGUGAAAAUAUUCCAUCUGCGUAUGAAGCUGUAUCGUUGAUAGAAGCUUUGAAUGGUCCGUUCAUUCCAAGAACUGCUGCUCUUGCUCCAGAAUCACCGGACACACCUGACACCGACACGACCAGCGCAAUUCAAGCAGCAGAAGCAUUAAAUAGAUCUGUCGAACGUACACCAGUGUCAAAACAUGCGUCUUCGAAAGAAACAGAUACAUCUGCUAGGUCAAGUGGUACUGCAUGUCCUACCCCAGAAUUUCGAAUGUCAGUUUUAUUGGCUAGAGACGAACACUCGGGAUCACAGAAAGACCUUCACAGUCGUUCUCCAGCGAUGAGGAUGAAAACUUCCGGGCACAUACGUGAAAAGUCUUCCUUAAAAUCGCGGGAUACUCUUAGACUUGUUAAUGAAAAGCAACCUGUUUCCCAUUAUGAGGGUCAAGGGCAAGAUGAAGAUAGCGAAGCAGAAAAGCUAUCUCCUUUAUUGAAUGCAGCUACCAGUACGGAAACGCUUGAUACUCACAAUCGUAGAAUAUGUGACGUAGAUAUCGACGACGAAAUUCAGAAUACAGAAAACGAAAAUGAUACUGAUGUUACAUGUCAUUCUCAUUAA